AUGGAGGCUCUCGCCGCAACCGACGUGAAAGAGCUGCACCAGGCCCUCCGCACUGUCGAAUGCGAGCUGGAUCUCGAGCGUAGCCAGCGCAUCGUCGAAUCCGUCAACAAGGACGAAGAAAUCCGCAAGCUGCGCUUCCAGGUUCUGGUGCUCGAGGAUGAGAAUGACGAGCUGCAAGACCAGCUGCAGGAGGAGGAGCAACGCUCCGACAAGCUGGAGACCACCCUCGACGACGCCCUCGCCCGGCUGCGCGAGAGGGAGGCCGACAUGCAGCGCGUCUCCAAUGAACUGCGCAUGAAGACGCGUGAGGCCGAAAACAUGAAGGCCGAACUCGCCUCCCUGGAAACCGUUCAUACCGACUCCAACAAGGUCCUGACCGAGAAGCUUGCCCUCGCCCGCGAACUUUCCACCUUGAAGCCCGAGCUGGAGCACCUCAGGUCGCAGGUCGCUUCGCAAGAAGGUCUCAUCUCGGAGAAGCUGUCUUUGCAGCGCCAGCUGAAUACGGCCGAAGUCGAGCUCGAAAACGAGAAGCGUGCCGCCCAGCGCGCCCUUGCCCGCUCCGAGAAGCAGAGCGAACGUGACGCCGAGCACCAGAGCCAGAUCAACGAGCUCGAGAAGCAGCUGGCCAAGGAGAGACGCGACCGUGAAAAGGCCGAGAGGGACGCCCAGAAGAUGCAGCGCGAUCUGGACUCCGAGAAGAAGGCUGCAGAGCGCACCCAUGACAAGGAACAGAGAAAAGCGGAGCAGGAUGCCAAAAGCAGCGCAAAGGUCGACGAGCUCAAGAAGGAACUGGCUCGAGGGAAACGUGAGAUGGAGGAGCUUCAGAAAGAAAUGGCCAAGGAGAAGCGCGAGCGUGAGAAAGCCGAGAAGGCCAUUAGCAAAACCCAGAUGGACAACGAAGCCCAGGUAUCUCUUGCCACCGAGCGUGCCGAAGCGUACAAGAACAAACUCAAGACCACCAAGAACAAACUCAAGGAGGCCCAGGCCGAGUUGCAGAGGGCUCAAGAAGCCGCCACCGCAAGACCUUCUGUCGAGGAAAUCCCCAAGCUUUCAAAGAACCCGCGCAAGCGCGUUGCACAGAUGGAUUUCGAUGCCACAACGCUGGGCACCCCUGGCGAUGGGGCGGCUGCAAAGAGAUCCCGCACUGCCGCUCCCGGCGACAAAUCCACCUUUUCCAUCACACCCUUCCUCAACCGUACAGCAAGCGUCGCCCCCGACAGCCCAAUUCAGGAGGAAGAGUCCGAGCACGAGGGCGACAAGACCGAGGAGGUCGUUGCUGCUCAAUCUACACCCACCACAAGAUCAAAGAAGGGCAAGAAGGCGGCCGCUCCCAAGCCCAAGCCCCUCGCACCCGCCUCCACAAACAAGUCGAACAACAAGACAUCAAAACGCCAGAAGGCCACUGUGCCUUCAUUGGAGCAGGUUGCCGAGGAGGUCAGCGACGAGGACGAGGAAGAACGGGAGAACACGCCGCCCCAACCUCAGCCUGCCAAGCAGAAGGAGAAUGAGAAGCCUGCAGGCUCCAAGGCCAAGAUCGCCACAGCUGGCACGACGACACUGAAGCCCAAGGUCAAGCCGGCUGCGAAUCAACCUCGUAAGUCGCUCGCCUCGUUCCCCGGCUUCAACGACGACGACGACGACGAACCGGCCAAGAAGAGGAAGCGCAAGCUCGGCGGCGGCGAUAAAAGCGUACUCGGCAAGCCCACGCUCUUCGACAUGGACGACGAGGAUGCUCGUCCUGCCAAGCCCAUUCCUGGCCGUGGCGUUUUUGCGGCGAGGGCUCUGAACAAGACCAUGGGUCUCAAGGGCAAGGGCGCGGUAACAGGAGGCACGCUGACGACUGCGGAUGGCUUUACGUUUAGUCCGCUGAAGAAAGAGAAGAGGGCCAUGAGGGAGGCAUCGUACAUGGCAUGA